GGUGCUGUACCCAAAGGUAAUGCCACAAAGGAGUUCAUCGAGAGUUUACAGCUAAAGCCAGGACAGGUGGUUUACAAGUGCCCAAAGUGUUGUAGCAUCAAACCUGACAGAGCACAUCACUGCAGUGUUUGCAAGAGGUGUAUUCGGAAAAUGGACCAUCACUGCCCCUGGGUCAAUAACUGUGUAGGAGAGAAUAACCAGAAGUACUUUGUACUGUUUACAAUGUAUAUAGCACUGAUUUCUCUGCAUGCUCUCAUUAUGGUGGGAUUUCACUUCUUGUAUUGCUUUGAAGAAGACUGGACAAAAUGCAGUUCCUUCUCUCCACCAACUACAGUGAUUCUCCUCAUCCUCUUGUGUUUUGAGGCUCUCCUGUUUCUCAUCUUCACCUCGGUUAUGUUUGGGACCCAAGUACACUCCAUCUGCACUGAUGAAACGGGUAUUGAGCGCCUUAAAAAUCAGAAGCCAACCUGGGAGAAGAUGAGCGGCUGGGAAGGGAUGAAGCUGGCAUUUGGUGGCUCCUUCUCCUUGGGUUGGUUCAAUCCCUUUUCGGACCUGAGCUGCGAGAGCCCAGCGCCGGCCGAAGCGGUGUCAGCGGCUCCUGCGUCUGCAAUAAUGACCCAAGAAGAAAUUGAGCAGUUUCUUGCUCAAGAAGUUGCCGUCCAAGCCUCACAUGAAUAA